CCCCCAAGACAAAUGUCGAUAGUAUAUAAGCAGACUAUUCACUGUCCCCAAACCCAAAAUCUUGCCCUUCCUCUUAGUCUUCGCCGAAAUCGCCGCCGCCGUCGCUACCGUCGCCGGAUUCGGGAAGGAGAGGAAACCAUGAACUUUAGGAACGUGAAGGUUCCUAACGUUCCUGGGGCCGGGGCUGCCGGGACACUGGUGAAGGUUGCUCUCAUCGGCGGCACCGUUGUCUAUGCUGCCCUUAAUAGCCUUUACAACGUCGAGGGUGGUCACCGUGCGAUUGUCUUCAAUCGCAUCCAGGGAAUCAAAGAUAAGGUAUACCCUGAAGGAACACAUUUGAUGAUUCCAUGGUUUGAAAGGCCUAUCAUCUAUGAUGUUCGUGCUCGUCCUCAUCUGGUUGAGAGUACUUCUGGGAGUCGCGACCUUCAAAUGGUUAAAAUUGGUCUGAGGGUUCUUACUAGACCUCUUCCCGACCAGCUUCCCACCAUCUACCGAACUCUCGGGGAGAACUUCAACGAAAGGGUCCUUCCUUCCAUUAUUCAUGAAACACUGAAGGCUGUGGUUGCACAAUACAACGCUAGCCAGCUGAUCACACAAAGAGAGGCCGUCAGCCGGGAAAUACGAAAGAUUUUGACUGAGCGUGCCAGAAACUUCAACAUUGCUUUGGACGAUGUGUCAAUCACGACCUUGAGCUUUGGCAAGGAGUUCACUAAUGCUAUUGAAGCUAAGCAGGUUGCUGCCCAGGAAGCAGAGCGUGCAAAAUUCAUUGUCGAAAAGGCUGAGCAAGAUAAAAAGAGCGCUGUUAUCCGAGCACAGGGUGAGGCCAAGAGUGCCCAGCUUAUCGGCCAAGCCAUCGCAAACAAUCCUGCUUUCCUUGCACUAAGACAGAUUGAAGCUGCCCGGGAAAUAGCUCACACAAUUUCAAAUUCAUCGAACCGGGUCUUCCUGCAGUCGGAUGAACUCCUGCUGAACCUGCACGAUCUCAACUUUGAUGGCUCAGCCAAGAUGAAGAAGUGAAAUGCGUGAUUUCCCUGAAUCUACUCAUCUUGAAACCAAUAGAUGAUUUUGCCUAAGAAAUUCUUAGUUUAGACUAGGCGAGGUUUAUAGAAUCUCGCCUAGUGCCCUCUAAAACUAUUGUGAUAUUUCUCAUAAUGCACUUUGUUUGCUUUGAAGAUGCUUCUUCCUGUCAAUCAGAAGUUUAGCUGUUUGUUUUA